AUGCCGCGCCCGCGGGCUCCCACUGUGCCGUCCGCGUCACGGGCGUGGCUGUGGGCGUCGUGGCUGUGCCUGUUGGCGUGGGGCGAGGCCCCGCCCACGCCGUACCCCGUGGUGAGCACGAACUACGGGAAGCUGCGUGGCGUGCGGACGUGGCCGCCGAGCGAGCUGCUGGGCCCCGUGGACCAGUUCCUGGGCGUGCCCUACGCGGCCCCGCCCACGGGCGAGCGGCGCUUCCAGCCGCCCGAGCCGCCGUCGUCGUGGGCGGGCGUGCGCAACGCCACGCGGUUCGCGCCCGUGUGCCCGCAGCACCUGGACGAGCGCACGCUGCUGCGCGACAUGCUGCCCGCCUGGUUCACCGCCAACCUGGACGCGCUCGCCGCCUACGUGGCCGAGCAGAGCGAGGACUGCCUCUUCCUCAACGUCUACGCGCCCGUGGACGCCGACGCUCAGAGACCGGGGGACGACGUCGCCGGUCGCGCCCGCGGUGACGACGAAGACCCCCGGGACGCCGCGGGCGCGCGGAAGCCGGUCAUGGUCUACAUCCACGGCGGCUCCUACAUGGAGGGCGCGGCCAACGUGGUGGACGGCAGCGUCCUCGCCAGCUACGGCCGCGUCGUCGUCGUCACCGUCAACUACCGGCUCGGCGUGCUCGGCUUCCUGAGCACGGGCGACCAGGCGGCCAAGGGCAACUACGGGCUGCUGGACCAGAUCCAGGCGCUGCGCUGGGUGGAGGAGAACGCGGGCGCCUUCGGCGGCGACCCCAAGCGCGUGACGGUGUUCGGGUCGGGCGCGGGCGCCUCCUGCGUGAGCCUCCUGACGCUGUCGCACUACUCGGAGGGCCUCUUCCAGAAGGCGAUCAUCCAGAGCGGGACGGCGCUGUCCAGCUGGGCCGUCAACUACCAGCCGGCGCGUUACGCGCGGGCGCUGGGCGAGCGCGUGGGCUGCGCGACGCCCCCGGAGGCGGACUCGUCGUCGCUGGUGUCGUGCCUGCGCGGGAAGGACGCCGGCGAACUGGCCCGGGCCGGCGUGGCGCCCGCGACGUACCACGUGGCGUUCGGCCCGACGGUGGACGGCGACGUCAUCCCCGACGACCCGCAGAUCCUGAUGGAGCAGGGCGAGUUCCUCAACUACGACAUCAUGCUGGGCGUCAACCAGGGCGAGGGCGCGCGCUUCGUGGACGGGCUCGACGGCGGCGACGGCGGGCGCGCGGGCGGCGGCGACGGCGAGGACGGCGGCGACGGCGAGGACGGCGGCGUCUCGGCCGUCGCGUUCGACCUCGCGGUGGCCGCGUUCGUCGACGACCUCUACGGCGGCGGCGGGGAGGGCGGGGACGGCGGCGCGGCGCUGCGCGAGACGGUGAAGUUCAUGUACACCGACUGGGCCGACCGCGAGAACCCCGAGGCGCGGCGCAAGACGCUCGUGGCGCUCUUCACCGACCACCAGUGGGUGGCGCCCGCCGUGGCCACCGCCGACCUCCACGCGCGCUACGGCUCGCCCACCUACUUCUACGCCUUCUACCACCGCUGCCACGGCGCGGCCGGCGCGGGGGGCGGCGUCGGGGCCGCCGGGGGCGCGAACGACGGCGGCGGCGGGGAUGCGGCGCACGGCGACGAGGUGCCCUACGUGUUCGGCGUCCCCAUGGUCGGACCGACCGACGUCUUCGGCUGCAACUUCUCGCGCAACGACGUCAUGCUCAGCGCCGUCGUCAUGACGUACUGGACCAACUUCGCCAAGACGGGGGACCCGAACCAGCCGGUGCCGCAGGACACGAAGUUCAUCCACACGCGGCCGAACCGGUUCGAGGAGGUCGCGUGGUCCAAGUACGACCCCCGCGAGCAGCUCUACCUGCACAUCGGGCUCCGCCCGCGCGUGCGCGACCACUACCGCGCCACCAAGGUGGCCUUCUGGCUGGAGCUGGUGCCGCACCUGCACGGGCUGGGCGACGCCCUGCAGUACCUCAGCACCACCACGCGCGCCGCGCCCCCCGACCCCGACGCGCGCGUGCCCUCCACGCGGCGCGCGCCUCCCCCGCCGCCGCCGCCGCCGAGAUCCCGGCAGGCCACGCGGCGCCCGGCGCUCACGUCCUCCUCCUCGGCCUCCGCGGCCUCCGUCACGGCGCCGCGCGCGCGGGGCGACCCCGGCGGGGCGUCCGUGCUGAUCGAGACGCGUCGCGGCGGCGACUACUCCACGGAGCUCAGCGUCACCAUCGCCGUCGGCGCCUCCCUGCUCUUCCUCAACGUCCUCGCCUUCGCCGCGCUCUACUACAAGAAGGACAAGCGGCGCCACGAGAGUCACCGGCGACCGCGGCCACCAAGGGCUCCGGCGGAGGACGCGGAGCCGCUUCCGGGACCUCGGGGAGCCACUUCCGGUUUCAACCCAUCCACUUCCGGUUUCAAUCCAUCCACUUCCGGUUUUAAUCCGACCACUUCCGGUUUCGGGGGAGCCACUUCCGGUCCGGGGGGACCGUGUCCCGCGUCCGGGGGGCCUCUCGGAGGCACUUCCGGUUUCGGGGGCGGGACUUCCGGUCCCGCGGGCGCCGCCCCCGGCCUGGCGUGCCCGCCCGACUACGCGCUGACGCUGCGCCGCGCGCCCGACGACGUCCCGCUCGCCGCCGGAUCCGGGGCCCCGCCCCCCGGCGCGGCCAUCACGAUGAUCCCGGGCUCGCUCGCCGCCGGGUUCAACGGGUUCGCGGCGGCCUCGGGCUCCGGCUCCGCCCCCGCGGGCUCGGGGCCGCCCCACGGACACUCCACCACGCGCGUAUAG